AAAAAUACAAUAAGUUUGAAAAUUUGCGAAUGGAAUUAAAAUAGUUUAACUUCGUGCAAAUGUACAGGGAGCUACACUUGUGGGAGGCCUUGAAAGUAUAAACAAACAGUUAAAGUUCAAGUUUUAGGCAGUUCAAAGUGGUUAAGACUGGCUUCCAGUUACAACAUAAGCAACAAUUACAUCUAUACCUACAACAACAGCAGCAACUUUAACCAAAUUCAACCUAUAGCUAAUUGUUGCCCAUCAAGUUAGCCAAGCAGAGAGUCAAAGCACAACAUAAGCUUUUGUGUCUGCACACUCAACGACGCAACGGCAUACCGUAAAAGCACAAUUUUACAACACUUUCACAACUCAGCGGAAAAUACGCAGCGACAGCAGUCGCAAAGAUUAUUGUUAGGUCGCAGCUCAUAGAAGACACCAACCAAAAAUUCAAAAAUAUUGCAGAGAUAAACAACAUGAAAUCAUUGCAACAGAAUCCGGCCUUUGUGGGUGACGAUGGACACAGCACAACCAGCACAUUGGCCAUGUCGUCAUUGCCAGGACAACCAGCAGAGACAAGAGAUGAUGCUGAGCACGCUGCGGGCAAAACGCCAACGGGACAAAAUGAACGCGACACCUGGGGUAAGGGUGUGGAGUUCCUAAUGUCCUGCAUAGCGAUGUCUGUCGGCCUGGGCAAUGUUUGGCGCUUUCCGUUCACAGCCCUCGACAAUGGAGGAGGCGCUUUCCUCAUACCAUAUCUCAUUGUGCUCUUUCUAAUUGGCAAACCCAUUUACUACCUGGAAAUGGUAAUUGGACAGUUUUCAAGCCGCGGAUCCGUUAAGGUCUUCGAUUUGUGCCCUGCAAUGAAAGGCGUCGGGAUUGGUCAGGUGAUAUCGAUAUCACUUGUCACGACCUACUACGUAGGAAUAAUGGGUAUAACACUCUGUUAUUUCUACGACUCGUUUCGUACCCCGCUACCCUGGUCCGAGUGUCGUCCGGAUUGGGGGACUCACUGUGUAGCCUCCAGUCAGAGCAACACCAGCGUCAGUUCCAGCUUGGAUUUCAGUCCAGCGUGGUCGACCCCGUCGUCAUCGUCGUCGUCGCCGCAGGAGCAACAACAGCUCGUCGCCUCCGCGGAGUUGUACUUUCUCAAAGAGGUCCUUCGCGAAAAGGAUCAAAUUGCUGAUGGCAUUGGGCUACCCAACUGGGAACUUGUGAUUGGUCUGUUCGUCUCUUGGACCUGUGUCUUCCUCAUCAUUCGCCGUGGCGUCAAGAGCUCCGGCAAGGCAUCUUACUUCCUUGCCUUAUUUCCUUAUGUCAUAAUGGGCGUUCUUCUCGUUCGAGCUGUUACAUUGCCUGGCUCCCUCGACGGGAUUUACUAUUUCAUCAAGCCGAAUUGGGAAAAGAUUUUGGACCCCAAAGUAUGGUAUGCCGCUGUCACGCAAUGCUUCUACUCUCUGUCCGUCUGUUUCGGCAACAUCAUCAUGUACUCCUCGUUCAACAAAUUUGGCCACAAUGUUCAUCGAGACGCAACAAUUGUGACAGCUUUGGAUACGGCGACUUCCCUCCUUGCGGGUUUCACCAUCUUUGGAAUCUUGGGUCAUUUAGCCCAUGAGAUCGGUACCGAAGACAUUGGCAAAGUGGUGAAGGGAGGGGCUGGACUGGCCUUCAUAUCGUAUCCUGAUGCCAUCGCAAAAUUCAAGCAGCUGCCGCAAAUCUUCUCCGUCCUCUUCUUCCUUAUGCUCUUUGUGCUGGGUAUCGGCUCCAACAUAGCUAUGACUUCGUGUACGGUGACCGCUAUUCGGGAUCGUUUCCCCAACUUUAAGCAAUGGCAAUGCUCUUUGCUCAUUGCCGUCGUUAGUUUUCUCAUUGGUCUGAUGUACAUCACGCCGGGUGGUCAAUAUAUGCUUACGCUUGUCGAUUUCUUUGGAGCCUCGAUGAUUGCCUUAGUUCUGGGGAUUGCUGAGCUGUACACUAUUGGCUGGAUCUAUGGCACAGAUCGACUUUGCAAAGACAUUGAGUUCAUGCUGGGUCGCAAGGUGGGACUCUACUGGCGACUUUGCUGGGGCGUCUUCACCCCGCUCAUCAUGACCGUAAUCCUGAUAUAUUUCUACGCCACCUACGAGCCACUCACCUAUAACAAUCAAUACUAUCCCGCCUGGGCUUAUGGUGUUGGUUGGUGUAUAACAGCCUUUGGAAUUGUGCAGUUGCCCAUUUGGAUGAUUGUGGCCAUCAUUAGAGAGCCGGGCAGUACUCUAGGCGAAAAGGUGCGUGGUGCCUUCCGACCCAAAAAGAAUUGGGGACCCAUGGAUCCACUGCUCAGGGAACAGUACAACAAGGAAAUUCAGCACGAGCUGAUACCCAAACGAGGAAGGGGAUUUUGGGCCAGUAUCAGGCAGAAUAUUUUUGGUUAGGUUAAAUUUAGAUCUCCGAGCUCCCAAGUGGUGAAAAGAAUUUGAUAUGUGUGUGCAAACAUGAAUUUAUUAAUUGUGCCAAUUAAAUAUUUUUGAAAAACCAA